GAUCUGAGGUCCUCUCUUCACCUCUUGUCACUCCCGGAUGAUCCAAAUGUCUCUGCAUCAGAGGUGAUUCAGAUGCCUCUGUCACCCUGUGAGCUGCAGGUACUCGGAGAUCUGUAGGGACGACACCCGGAACUUCCCGGAAGCUGGGAAAUGGAACUGUUGACAUUUAAGGAUGUUUCUGUAGAGUUCUCUAUGGAUGAGUGGGCCUGCCUGGACCCUGCUCAGCAGACUUUGUAUCAGGAUGUCAUGUUGGAGAACUACAGACACCUGGUCUUCCUAGGUCUUACUCUCUCUAAGCCAGACCUCAUCACCUGUCUCGAGCAAAGCAAAGAACCCUGGAAGGUGAAGUCACACCAGACAGUAGUCAAGCACCCAGCUGUAUCUGACCCUCCUGAGCAAGACCAUUUGCAAGAUCUAGACACAAAUAUUUUAUUCCCAGAGAUAAUCCUGAGAAGAUAUCAAAACUGUGCCCCUGACAAUUUAAACUUAACAGAAGACUGGGCAAGUGUGCCUGAGUGUAAUCACCAGAAAGUAUGUGACAGUGGACUUGACAGCAGUUUAACACCUGCCUAUACCAAAACCUUACAAUGUAGUAAAUGUUUGAAAGUCAAACCCUGGAAAUGUCAAGAAUGUGGGAAAGCCUUUAACCACUACUCAACCCUGUCUAGCCAUCAACGCAUUCAUUCUGGAGAGAGACCCUACAAAUGUCAAGAAUGUGGCAAAGCCUUUACUCUUAGUUCUAGCCUUACUAAGCAUCAAAGAAUUCAUUCUGGAGAGAAACCCUACAAAUGUCAAGAAUGUGGCAAAGCCUUUAACCAGUACUCAACCCUGUAUAGACAUCAAAGCAUUCAUUCUGGAGAGAAACCCUUCAAAUGUCAAGAAUGUGAAUGUGGCAAAGCCUUUACUCUUAGUUCUAGCCUUACUAAACAUCAAAGAAUUCAUUCUGAAGAGAAACCGUAUAAAUGCCAACAAUGUGGCAAAGCCUUUAAUAAUAAUUCAGACCUUACUACACAUAAAAGAAUUCAUUCUGGAGAGAAACCCUACAAGUGUCAGUGA